UUCUGUUUUAAACGUUCUUGAAAUUGUUCACCAGAGACAAGGCCCAUGGACAGAUACGGAGUGCUUCCUUCGGGUGACAUAAUGACAUUUAAUGACAGGCUGAAAACGAAGAACGAAUGACGGAAUAGAAAGCUUGCAAGAGAAGGCGCACAGAAGAGCGCAACAAACUGAUUACAGAUAAAGGCAAUUUCAUUGAAAGGGGCGGAAGUUAAGCUCCAGUACACUAGCUGACUUCGAACACGACCAAGGAUAGCGUUUCGGUGCGCGGAAAGGGGAACAUUUUGGUUAAUGUCACAUGAUUCCAGUUAGGGGAAAAAACGCCAGUCAAUCGGACCUUUAUUUGAACUGGACUGUACACAUACAAUAUUGUUUACACUUUAGGGGACGGGUCGAGAAUUAUUAAAGAUCGGGGCUUACGUUCUCUGAAAUUAUAUGACAGGGACUUUUUUUUAUCCAUCUGCCAAUGAGAGGGGGACGUUCACUUUAAAUCUUCACAGGUAGUGUAAGUCUGGGUGAAAGAAAUGUCGCAAUAAAUAAAAAAUGUAAUAUGAAUUUGCUUAAAGCGUUUGGUUAAAUUGUCUUAGAAUGAACAGCCGACGUUUCUUUAAUUUAUCGAAAAUGUCAUAAACUGGAAUUUGUACUAAUUUUACUUUUAUAGUUCUCAGCAUGGCAAGAGAAAGUACCACGUUAAAGCUAAAAGACAUGCUAUGUGUGCUGUUGCUUCUGUGCCGAUUGUAAUGUUUUUUACACGGAAACAGCAUACGCGGACGACACUAACCACUUAUAAACCAGUAAACUAAAACAGAGUUGAAUUGUACUGUUUUAAGCAUUUCGACUUACUCGCAGUGUCAUAAAAGGAGAAAAAUAUGUUGAUGUAUAGCAUAUAUACAUGCAUGUGUAUAAAAUAAGCGUAUAUAAUGCUCCUAACAGGCAUAAAUGAUUUUAAGCAUUUAUUGCACACAGGAGCAUGAUUUAUUCUUAUCUGUAAGCGCAGCUGCAUAGACUGGCUUUUGGAAAAGUGCUUGCUCAUCCUUUAUCAGCAGAAGCGCGUGAAUCAGCGGCUCGAGCUGUUGCACCGCAGCGCGCAGCCCGCGUGACGAGACAGAGCGGCGGUCAUCCGCUGCCCAGAUACACGCAAGGUGUAGGGAGACGUCCUCUUUUUUGAAUAUGGCUUAUUCACCCAGUUGUUUAUUUUAAAAUUAUACUGGGCCGUGUUGGUGACUACUGUUUAUUGAAGAAUUCAUACGAGUCUGGCUUUACUUGUCUAAUUGUUUUGGAGCCGUUUUGGAGGUAUUUUAUCAAAUGCAAAUUCCACUCUCGCCCGGGUCUACUUAAACAUUUAGCGUCUUUAGCAUAGUCUGUCUUACUCCGAUGUCCCAGAUAAUGUCUUUCGAGAGCCGCAAGACCUCCACGUUCACUUUCCAGUCUUCAGUGCACAGCACGCGGGUACUCCAGUACUUGGAUGAGCAGCGGCAGAAGGACGUAUUGUGUGACAUCACUGUAGUGGUGGAAGAAAGGAGUUUCCGUGCCCACCGCGCCGUACUGGCAGCAUGCAGUAACUUCUUCCAGACCAGGAUUGCCAGCCAUGCGGGGCAAGGGCUGGUCAUCACACUACCCAGUGAGGUCACAGUGGAAGGAUUUGACCCAUUACUGCAGUUUGCAUACACAGCAAAACUCCUCUUCACCAAGGAGAACAUCUUGGAGAUUCGACGAUGUGCAGCGAUCUUAGGUUUCCGCAACCUGGACAAAGCCUGCUUCGAGUUCCUGCUUCCCAAAUUUUUUGAUGACACAAAAAAUGAACAGUCAGUCUAUCGGAAAUCGUGGUGGAAGAAAAGAUGCUGCAAGCAGAAACCUCAGGGAGCCAAAUCCAGUAGCGUUGUGGACGACAAUGACAACGUUGAGGAUGUAGACAUCGAGUCUACCGAUGGUCCUCUGAAAGAGCCAGACAACAAACCGUGUUGGUAUGCCAGACCAUCCAUAAACGCAUGUGGCCACUGCAGCCCUAUCAAUCAGGAGAGGACACAGAAGGGGGACUUCCCCACAAGAGAGAAACCCUGUCUGGGAACCUGCCCAGGGCUGGCCAUUGAGAGCAACAGUGGACAAAGCAUCAGUGAAGACCUGGUCCAGUGCCAGCUGAGCCAAAGCAAGUCACACUCAGACCACAUGACACGUGAGAAGGAGGUUGCCAUGGCACCCAGCUGCCUCCAAGCACUUUCAGAGAACACUACUGCUACCAGCUUCAAGGAGAUGCAACAUUUGGGCUCUAGGCAUGAUGUGAGGUCAAGAGGAAUGAAAUUUAAAUGUUGUGUACUGGAUAGUUUGGAUACACCCUUCCAUAAACUCUCCCGUAAUGUUGAAUCGAUACAUCAAGGGUCUGUUGAUGGAUUGAAUUAUGUAAACUCCCAGAGUCUGACUCAGAAGAACAGGGAGAGAGAUCAGAGGAGCAGCAUUGAGAGGGAGGUAGCUGAACACUUAACUGCCUGGUCCAACUCGUGUGAGGCAAGCUGCUCCAUAGACCCCAAAAAGGAGGACUGCCCAUUUCUCCAGGAGCUGAGAGAUGGGAGCGCAUGGCUCCCUGAGUGUGAAAGGGCUACCAUUCCUGAGAAAAGCCCUUGCAUCUCCGCCAUCCAUUCGGGGGAGGACUCGGACGCUGACACAGAGGGAGACAGCGAGUGCUGUAUCAACGAGAGGGCUCGCAAGGUGCAGCUGCCUUAUUCAGUGGAGGAGAUCUCCUCCUUGAGUCGCAAUGAAUUCCAGCAGCUGCUGAAGGUGCGGCAGUUGACCCAGGAACAGAUGGACCUUGUGCACGACUCGCGGCGACGCAGCAAGAACCGCAUGGCUGCUCAGCGCUGCCGUAAGCGCAAGCUGGACUGCAUCCAUAACCUGGAGUGCGAGAUCGACAGACUGAGGUCUGAGAAGGAAAAACUCCUCCAGGAGCAGAAUCAUCUUAACCAGCUGAGGCUCAGGACCCGGCACAGUCUGUCAGACCUGUGCCAGCGGGUGUGCAGGGAAGCCAGGCUGCAGCCGGACCAGCUGGAGGUGCUGGCCAAAUACUCGUCACCAGAUUGCCCCCUGUCGAUGGUCAUGGCAAACAUGCCCCCCGUAGGACCCCCUAGACUGGACCGAGACCAUGUCCAGGAGUCCCUGAAAACGCAUCUCGUGGACCCCCCUGUGGACACCCCAUCGAUGAGGCCCCCAGAGUGCCCUGGAAGCCACCUGCCCGCAAUGCCCAGCUUAGCAAAAGCUCACAACUGGUCACUGGAUGGCACAUCCACAGGACACUGCCACCCUUAUGUCUUGGACACGAGGAGCAAGUCUCCCACUGAUUCAUGAAGAAACUUUUUUCAAAAAAAAAACUUUUUUCUUUUUUUUUUCUUGAAGAACAUGCGAGCAGUCACUAUGCCACACAACUGCCAGCACUCACCUUUCAAAGAAUAUGAAUGCAAAGUACACAAAAGUGUCCCGUGCACUGGACCGGACGGCAGAAUCACGGAACGUGGGGACAGGAAAUAGGAACGGGAGGCUUCUGUUUGAGUAGAGGAGGGGAAACGUGUUCAACAAAAAAAAAAGGGGGGGGCAACUUAAACGAUUGUUUCUGCAUCAGCACAAGUGAAAACAGAAGUUAAAAUGGGCAUUGGAUUGUGGGUAGAACUCAACAGGGAUGGGGGUUCUGGGCUGAACCAAAUCCUGUGUGACUGGUAAUAAGGCACAGUAGAAGUGAAUGAAUGUGCUCAUCCCCUGCACAGGACAUCCAUGCCUGACCGUCUUACAUUUACUAGGAAGAAUGCAUUCACAAGCUCCAUAUAGGAUAUUGUACUAUGUCCUUUUUUGGAAGGAAGUAGUAACUGUAUCCUUUUAUUGUAUGUUAUUGGAAGUCUUGCUUUGUCGUGUACAGUAUUAACAUGCAUUCCAUGCUCUUCCAAUACCAUUCAGAACCUCAUCAGGAGCAAUUUCCUGUAGGCGGAACUUAUUUCAUGGGUAGAUAUUAGCAGGCAGAGCCUUGAUAACCUGUCAGGAGAUGUGAUUGUCCUCUGGAUUGAGAGUAUGGUAAGGGUAAAUCAUAUCAUUUUAACUGUCAAACCCAGACUAUGUAAGCAGGAGGCGAUGAUCGGCAAACUUGGUUAGAGCGUGCCUGUGUAUCAGAACUGCCUAACUUCCAGGCGUGCCCUGGUCUUCGAUUACAGGGGGACGUUUUUUAAAUGUACAACCUCUACAGCCUCAGGUCCAACACACCAACACAUACCUCAGCAGGGCAGAGACUGCAUUUCCAGGUAACAAGGAUGAAUGUAAUUUCUGCACUCAGCAGAGCUGCAGAAGCUGCAAUAACAGUUACAAACAAGCCCUUUUCUUGGUGGCACAGCAUAACUAUCUUUCUUUAUCGAACUGAAUGAUGGUACGUUUUUUGACUUGAGGGCUCACAAUCCAACAUCAUGUAAGUUUCAGUCAUCAGCGAUCAUGUCGCCGUACGUUCUGUUGAGUGUCCACUGUGUGCAGGGGCACCGUAAAGGGGGGAAUGUUUGGAUGAUUCCAAGGGCGCCAGAGUGACAGGAGCCCUAAAACGUUUGUGACAUAAUUGUUUUGUUCUGGGAUAGGGGCCCAAUAAGAUAUGCUUUCCUUGGGUCCAAAACAUCUAAAGGGUGCCUCUGUCUGUGUUUCCUGCCUAGGGACCAGGCCAUGGGGACAGACUCUCCAUCAUUCCUCAGUAACUCAAUCACCUAUCAUUGUUUCUAUUUGCUGAAACAAUUAUUGAGAAGCUGUUUACUUCUGGGCUCUGUAAAUGUCUGAAGCGUAGAAGAUACAGGUUCAGAGAUGGUCUGUCUUGACUGCACCCACAAGACGAUUGUAUCUAAAGAAAGUCUUCACAAUUAUCCUGUUGCUAUUUUGAUUCUGCUUCCUAGUUUGGGUGCUAGAGGUGGGGGGUGAGUACAGAGUAAUGCUGAGUCGCACCCACCAAAAUAUUUAAUUGUGUCAGACAGAAGCAACAAAAAUCACAGUUAAGACAGCUUAUAAAAGAUUAUUUUAAAAAGUCAUGAAGUAAUUAAUCCUAGGAAUCCAGAGUAUUCCAGAAGGGUUUGACGUUUGAAGUUUGUUGACUUCCAGCUCCCAAAAAAGGUGACUAUAACAUUGCGACUGGCCUACUAAGUCUGUUAUGGUAAUGUCUCAGCUGGAGGGGGGGGGGGG